AUGGAUCGUUUCUACAACCUCCUUUUCCCAAAGGCAGAACCGGCAGAACCUCCUGCCAUGGCCAUCAAUGAUGAGUCGCGCAAAGAGGUGCGCAAACGGACACCAAUACCGCUCUCCUUUGAGCUGAUGCGGCAAACCGAGAUCUUUAUCGAAGAAACCCUCUACCCCCAGGCUUUCACUCUUCUUCUCGAUGCUCUAUCAUCCGGCAAUGUUUCCUCGGCAUCGGGCACUGUCGCAUCGACCCCGGUGGUGAUGCCACAGCCACAACACCUAGCCAUCGCGGCAACGAUGCUGGUGCAUCCGUUCACAACAACACGCGCCAGACUAGACGCUGAAAAAGAGGCACCAAAUAUUGCUCUGCGUUUACUGCGAUUAACAAACGCGCUCGUCGGUCCCACGGCUGCCCAAUUCCACACUGCUUUCGCUUUUACGCACUUCGAGACUUCUCGGAACGGCAAAUUACGCGCGGACAGCCCGGCGCUCAAUGGGACCAUGUGCGAAGAUAAGCGAACAGGGUGGGAGGCGAGCUACAGUGGAGGCCGCUCGGUUUGGAAUGAAGCAGAGGACUUUUGGCAUGCCGUUGGCUGGGCAUUGAAUUGCUCGGUGUUACACCAGGCACAGUGGAGGCAUUGGCAUUUAUGGCUACAAUUCAUGUGCCAGGUACUCGAAGAUGACUGGGAGGACCGCGCAGCGAAGUAUACCCAGGCUCAAGAGGAGCUUCUGCAAAGGUCGCACGAACAAGCUCCCUCGGGCGUUGAGCCCGCAGAACAAGGAAUCCACAAAAAGUCAGGCCGGCCACGGAAAGGGGAUGUCAAGCAAGAUGAUGGGCUUGAAAUCUAUCGGCAAAGCUUGAUCUUCCAAUACAUCACCUCGAAUGAUACUUUCGGUCGGGACCGAAGGAUUAUGCGCUCGAUCUUUGCGGAUGGCACGCCAAGAUCGGCCGAAUUCAGAGCUGUGUUUGAGGAUGAGAUCAAAACCCCCAGAGACAAGAGCUCAUCAAACAAAAAGAAGAGGGUAGGAGUCGACCUCAGCAAAGGAGAAUAUGGAGAUUAUCAAAACGACUCCCAUGAAGAUUACGCCAGUUCAGGGAAAGAGUCUUCCAGACCCGUAGCUAUGGCACCAGGCAGACAGCUUCGACAAACUAAGCGCAGCCGCCGAGCACGAAAUACCAAGGGAGGAGCCACAGACUCCGAUGCAGAGUUAACAGAUACAGCCGUAGACCACAACAACGGCAUCGGCUCUUUGGGCGGUUACAACUCCCUCGCCCUCCGCCAGCGACUCCUCGGACUCCUGUUCAAAGUCUCAGCAACCCUCCCAAAAGACUUCACACCACCAAACGAGAUCAGUCAUAUGCUCGCGGAAAACAUUCGGGAUCUCCCUCUCCCCGUAUUCCAACACAUGGUUACGCCCUCCAACUUGCCCCGUCUCGGACCAGAUGAACACUGCAGUCUAUGUCAGAGUCUCUUCAGGUUCAUGGUUGAAAGUUCUGCGCGUGCGCCGCCCCCUGGCAACGAUUUACUCACUCAAUCCGACCUGGAGAAAUACUACUUCCCCUACAAGGCUGCGAGUCCGAGUACGGCAAGCAAUGCCAAGAUUUCUAUAUUGCUUGAGGCCAUGAUGACCCUGCUACAUAAUGAGAAAAUGCUGUCCGCUACACCGGAAUUGAAAGAGGCGGCUCGGGUAGGUGUUGAGCGUCGGGAAUCGGCUUGUCACAGUCAUAGCGGUUCUGUGGAGGCGGCUUACCUGCGGGAAAGCCACUUUCGGAUAUGGCUUAUGAUAGACUUCAUUUUGCCUUGA